AUGUCUCUCCCCCAAAGCCCAGUCGAUCCAGUCGCUCGCCUCGAAGCAGAACUCGCGCAAGAGAAAGCCGCUCAUGCGCGCACGAACAAAAAGCUCGAAGCCAUUACUCAUCUCCACGCCAAUCAGGCCAUUACUAUCAGUUCCCAGAUCGGCAUCAUCAGGUCGCAGAUCCAGAGGCAUCCCGAAGAUAUUGCGGACAUCCAGGUAGAAGCCAGGAAAGCGGAGGACGAGCCGCCAAAGCCAGUCACAUCCGAGGAGGGCAGCCUCGACCACGUUCUAGACAUUCUGGAAUCGCAUCAACAUCCUUUCCUAUUCGUUGGAUGCGCGGCACAGCGAUGGAUGGGGUCUGCCGGAACCAUGACACGUGUAUGCGAGAUUCUCAUCCGCCACAACACGCUGAAAGCCGUCGCAUCGGAUCUUUUAGCCACGUCAAGAUGGACACUCAACGAAGAUCCAGAAGAUAUUUUUGACAAUGACACAGUAUCGAAUUGCGACGCCGAUAUCGUUCUCCGGCGAACAUCCAUCGAAAACCAAGACGAAUUCCGCUAA